AUGUCAACUGGUGGAACCACUAAUGCGGAUAACAAUGGCGACCCCAUCGAACAGCCGGGUACGGGAGAAGGAUCGGGGAUCACCAAUGGUGAAGAAGGGGACAACGAGUCCUCGGAAGUGGAAGAUGUCUCUGGAGAUUUCAAUUCAGCCUUGAAGAAAAGGAAGAAGAGAGCGUUGCAAGAUGGCUCACUAGCUCCUAGCUUCAAAAAGAAUAGCCGAAUCAAGGAUGAGAUGUGGUCUAAGACUGGUCUUUUCAGGUCGCGAUAUACGCGCGCACCUCAAAGAGUCGGAUUCCGAUCUCUAGGAAAGGACACCCGUAAGGGGGGCUGCUAUCAGCACCAACAUCUAUCUUUUCAUGAACCAGAAAUUCAAUAUGUUCAGUUCUGUACUGACUUAGUUCCUGGUUCUGCCUUCGGGUUCGCAUUUUUGUCAAUAGUUCCCUCCUCGGAAGUGAACAAUGGUACACCCCAACAGGGUGUGUCAAUCAUGGAUGAGUUGAACCACACGGUAGAAUUUGGCACUGCCGAAGAAGUUAGCGUAGCUCUGGCUAAGGUGGAGGCUGUACUGAAAUGCACAGUACAUCUGGAUAUUCCGGGUCCCCCUCCACCAGCAGUCGCUCAGGCGACUUCGAACAAAUCCAAUGAGGGUCUAGUGACAGAGUCCUUGAACAAGGCGCCACAAAUCUCUGCUCAGGUGGUGGAACACACACCCUUGGACUCCAAGUCCAAACGCAAGUCAUUGGAAGACAGCGAGGGUCCUCCAUCUUCUUCGGAUUCCUCGGAUGCUGAAGAGCCACGGAAGAAGCCGAAGAAACACUCCAGAUCUACCCACUCCUCAAUCAGCCACGGAGGAGGGAUAUCCACGGUAGAACUCUGA